GACCAUGAGCGUGCCUUUUUUUGACUCGGCUGUUUGGGCAUUAGGCAAGCAAAAAGGGACAAAACCCAAAAGGGCCUUUGGAAGCUCUCCGGCCAAAACUGCAGCCAACCAAGAGCAAGACGAAUGGCUUUAUCUUCAGAUGGCGAGGCUGACAACACCGAACCUCUAGAUGAACAAAAAGCUUGCGCAUCAGCUGUUGCAAAGGUUGUCUCUUUACAUUAUCCAUACUUGGGCAUCAUCAAAUCUGUAUCACCAUAAGAAACUUGUUGUUUGAAACGUCUAUUGGACGAUUUGCAAAUGGUUUGCUUUAAGUGACCCAUCAAACUUCUUGUUAAUGAUUUUGAUUCUUUACACAAAUCAACUAGUUAACCCAUACCUUGCUUAGACAUGAGGCCCAAGAUUACAGUAAUAGAUCAAGUAGAGAGACUAAAGAGGCCGUGUGAGCUUACCAGAAGUGGAGUCUCUCAAGUCUCAACCUUUUUGCGGGGUUAAUGGUGGAAGAAAAACCAUGUUGCUCGUCUUUACUUUGUAAUACUAGAUCAAAGAUUGGCAUAAAAGUCUCCCUUUUCAUGGCUCUUCUUUGUCCUUCGUCUUUGCCUCGCAACUGGAUACACGAUGUCUUUCCAAGCUUCCACGGGGCAGACGUUCGCACAACGUUUCUUAGUCACGUUCUCAAGGAGUUCAGAAGAAGAGGAAUCGACACGUUCAUCGAUAAUAACAUCAAGAGGAGCAAAUCUAUCGGUCCCAAACUUACAGAAGCUAUCAGAGGGUCGAGAGUUGCGAUCGUCUUGCUCUCCAGGAACUACGCUUCUUCCACAUGGUGCCUGAACGAGUUGGUGGAGAUUACUGAGUGCAGAACAGAGUUCGGUCAAACAGUGAUGCCCGUUUUCUAUGAUGUUGAUCCAUCUGAUGUGAAGAAGCAGGCCGGAGAGUUCGGGAAAGUCUCUGAAAAUACUUGUAACGGUAAAACAGAGGAGGACACUAGGAGAUGGAGAGAAGCUUUGGCGGAAGUGGCCACAAUAGCUGGAGAGCAUUCUCGCAACUGGCGAAGUGAAUCUGAGAUGAUCGAAAAAAUUGCGGCUGAUGUCUCAAAUGUGGUGAAUGAUUCUGUUCCAUCGAACUAUUUUGAAUCUUUAGUUGGGAUUGGAGCUCACAUGGAAAAGAUGCGGUCCUUGUUAAGCCUAGAAUGUGAUGAAGUUAGAAUGGUAGGGAUCUGGGGUCCUGCGGGAAUUGGCAAGACGACCAUCGCCAGGGCUUUAUAUGAAAAGCUUUGUAGUAACUUCACGCAUACUGCUUUUAUGGAGAGUAUAAAAGGAGGUUAUACUACACAUUACCUCGACAAUUAUGCUUACAAGUUACAGUUACAGGAACAACUUCUGUCUAAGACACUCAGUCAUAAGGAGUUGAAGAUAGGUCACUUGGGUGUUGCACAAGAAAGGUUGAAAAACAAGAAAGUACUUGUCGUUCUUGAUGAUGUGGAUCGGUUAGUCCAGCUAAAAGCCAUGGCAGACAAACCUGAAUGGUUUGGCAUGGGAAGUCGAAUUAUCAUUACAACACAAGAUCUAAAACUCUUAAAGGCACAUGGGAUCGACCAUAUUUACAAGGUGGAUUAUCCAAUUGAUGAAGAGGCGCUUCAAAUCUUUUGCACAUAUGCUUUUAGUCAGACCUCCCCUAAAGAUGGUUUUGAGGAGCUUGCGCUGGAAGUUACAAAUCUCUCUGGGAAACUCCCGUUGGGGUUAAGUGUAAUGGGCUCCUACUUCCGGGGAAUGUCCAAGCAUGAGUGGAUCAAUGCAUUACCAAGGUUAAAGAGUAGGCUUCAUGACGAUAUCAAGAGUAUUUUAAGGUUUAGUUAUGACGCCUUAUGUGAUGAAGAUAAAGAUUUAUUUCUUUACAUAGCUUGCUUUUUCAAUCUUAAAAGCAUUCAGACACUAGAAGAUUUUCUUGGGAAGACGUUCAUGGACUUGAGUCAUGGGCUUCACAUCUUAGCUGAAAGAUCUCUAAUAUCUCGUGAGUAUGGAUUUAUAAAGAUGCAUAAUCUGCUAGUACAACUAGGUAGAGAUAUUGUUCAUGAGCCUGGAAAACGUCAAUUUUUGUUUGAUGCUAGAGAGAUCUGUGAAGUGCUCACUAAUGAAACAGGUAGUGAAAGUCUUGUGGGCAUGGAUCUUGACUUAGCUGAGAUCAACAAAGAAUUAAAUAUAAGCAAAAUAACCUUCAAAAGAAUGUGUAAUCUCCAGUUUUUAAGAUUCUACAGCAGAUUUGAUGAUAAAAGUAACUGCAAAUUACACUCUCCAAAAAAUCUGAAAUAUCUAUCUCUGAAACUUAGAUUACUACACUGGGAUUACUUUCCGGCCACAUGUUUGCCAUCUAGGUUUAGUACAGAGUUCCUCGUAGAACUAAACAUGCGUAACAGCAAGCUUACUAAGCUGUGGGAAGGAGUUCAACCUCUUCAAAAUCUCAAGUGGAUGGAUCUGAAUCAUUCCUUAGACUUAAAGGAGCUUCCUGAUCUCUCAACAGCCACUAAUCUUUUGAGUUUGGAUCUCAGUUAUUGCACAAAUUUAGUGAAACUACACUCCUCAGUUGGGAAUGCAACUAAUCUCUUGAUAUUGAAUAUUGAGUAUUGCAAUAAUCUGGUGGAGAUUCCCUCCUCUGUUGAGAAUAUUCCUAAUCUCAAGAUUUUUUUGGCUGGGUGCUCAAGCUUGGUGAAUCUCCCUUCUUGUAUAUGGAACAUCAGUAGUCUUAGGACUUUUAAUCUCGACAAUUUCUCUAGUUUGGUCCAGAGCCCUUUAAUGUGGAAUGCCAAGAAUUUCCAGGGGUUAGAUCUCAGUGGAUGCUCAAGUCUGAAGAAACUCCCUCCGGUUGUAAAGGACAGUAAGUUCUCACAGUCGACAAAAUUCUCGUCCUUUAUUGCGAGCAUCAAAAACCUUCAUGAAUUGAUUCUUAGUAAUUGCUCAAGUCUGAUGGAGCUUCCUGCUUCUAUUGGUAAAGCCACUAGUCUAAAGACAUUGGAUCUUAGUGGAUGCUCAAGUCUGAAGACGCUCCCCUUCUCUAUUCAACAUCUUCGUGGCCAUCAUGGUUUGAGUUUGAGAGGAUGGUCAAAGCAUGCGGCUCUUACAACCAAAUCCAAGUUCCCACCUCCUCAUGAAUUUGAUUUCCGUAGAAGGGCAAAAGACACAAGGGUAGCGAAGCCAAUGGCUUUAAUCUCACGCUAUAACAUUGAAGGUGAUGUGCUAUUAGAUACCGAGACUGGCAACAAAGAACCUCUCGAUGACCAAUCAUGCGCAUCAGCUGUUGACCAUACCAACAUAACGGAUGGUGGUGAUACACCUCUUCAGGUUUAUUAUUCAAAGAAGAAGCAGAGGAAAAGGAUUAUGGAGGCAAAUAUGGAUUCAAAUAAUGAUGAGGUGGAGGCGGGCAAGAAGAGAAGAGUGAUCGUUGGGAAAAGACUCUAGCUCACAAAGAGACUUUGCCAUUUAUUCAUUUUAAAUAAGUUUGUUCUUUGCUUGAGGAGCUUAGAUUUUAUAUUCUCAUAUUUGUAAGUGAGACGAGAGAGUCUUGAGGCGAUUGCCGUUAAGGUAGUCGUAUGAGAGUGAUCAGUGAACUUGUUAACCGAUAGUUCUUGAGUACUGAUCUGAGUUUGUAAAUCGAUUCUAAACUUGUAUUCAGGAACUUGUUGAGGUUGUUGGAUUAUAAUAAUAUACAGAGAUUCAUCUUAACAGGUGGAGGCAUCGAUGCUGACGCAAAAGACAACAUCAAAUCGUGAAGAAACAUUCACAGAUCUCUCGAGGAGCAAGAGACAAACAAUAACGGUGUUUCCUUCUUGACUUGACUUGACCUUUCUAAAGUAAGUUUAGGGAUGUUACCAGUUACCACCAUUAAUAUUGAAGCUGAGAGAGUAUACUUGCUUUCCUUGAAGUUCUCAGCGUCCUCUUCUUUCUACCGUUUCUAUCACUUCUUUUCUUCACAGUGCUUUGUGGUCAGACUCAAAGUUGCUUUGUUUUAGUCUUGUAUGACACUUUGUUCCCACCAUUAAAGUAGAAAUAGACCUAGCUGUAAUCUAAUGACAUCCUUAUCAUAAGAUCUUGACAGUGCAGAAGUUGGUUGCACCUGGAAGUUUACUUCUUGAUCUAAGUGACUUUUUGUAACACAAGAGAUGUACAUAAGGAUGUUCCAGGAGAACAUCAUACGCAUAGGCCGGAGGUAUAUUAGGUGGUUUACCUCGUUGAUUUUAAACUCAGUGAGGCAAUCUUAUUGGAAAGAGGUAUGUAUGCUUGCGAGCUGGAUUUUGCAUCCUUCUUUUGACUGAUAUUUCACAAGAGUCUCAAAGUUGUGAUUGGUGAUUAAUGUGGUUUUGAUAAACUGACGGCAAAAUUAAAAAGCUUCUAGGGAUUUGUAUUGGGACAUGUCCUUUACUAGGUACUAUACCUUUAGAUAAUGCAUCCGUGGAUACAGUCAUUGCGACACUUGUUCUAUGUUCUGUCUCUGACGUCACUCAAAGGAUUUUAUGGUGAUUUCAGAAAUCAAGUGAGUUGCUGACACACCAGGAGGAAGUUUCAUUUCCUUAGAACAUGUUACGGCGGAAGAUGAGAUCUCUCUUCAGGCGUUUGAGGUAGCUGAUUGAGGUGUAUUCAUGUUUCAUUCAAGGACCAUAAGCGUGCCUUUUUUGACUUGGCUGAAUGGGGGCAUUAGGCAAGCAAAAAGGGACUAAACCCAAAAGGGCCUUUGGAAGCUCUCCGGCCAAAACUGCAGCAACCAAGAGCAAGACGAAUGGAUUUAUCUUCAGACGCUGAGGCUGACAACAGCGAACCUCUAGGUGAUCAACAAGCUUGCGCAUCAGCUGUUGACAAUACCAACUUGAAGGAUGAUGGGGGCAGCGAUGCUGACGCGAAAGACGACAUCAAAUCGUGAUCAAACAUAUAAAGAUCUCUUGAGGAGCAAAACAAACAACAUCACAAUGCCAAGUUACAGAAGAUAAGGUGACCAGGUUUGCUUUAAGAAACUUGUUGUUUGAAACGACUAUUGGACGAUCUGCAAAUGGUUUGUUUUAAGUGACCCGUCAAACUUCUUGUUAAUGAUUGAUUCUUUACACAAAUCAAGUAGAUAACUCAUCUGAACAACCUUACCUAGACAAGAGGCCCAAGAUUACAGUAAUAGAUCAAGUAGAGAGACUAAAGAGCCCGUGUGAGCUUACCCAGAAGUGGAGUCUCUCAAGUCUCAACCUUUUUGCGGGG